AUGCUUAAAAAAUCUGGGCUUUUUGCAGAAGUAAAUGUUAAAUUACCUCUCACACCAUUACCUGAUAGAAAAGUGCCAGUUAUAUUUAAUCUUAAGGAAGGAAAACAUCGAGCAAUAAAAAUAGGUGCAAAUUAUAGUACAGAUAUUGGUUUGGGACUCAAUACAAAGUGGGAACAUAAUAAUUUUCUAGAGCAUGGAGAAAAAUUUUUUAUAGCAAUGUCUUUAGCAAAAAUAGAAAGUCGAUUAGAGGCACAAUUAGUCGAGCCUUUUUUCCUAAGAGCAGAUCAGCGUUUUAAAAUAGGUAGUACUUUCAAAAAAGAGAACAGUGAGGCAUAUCAGUCUAAAGGAUUAGAUAUAUUGGGUAGUAUUGAGCGUGAUAUUGGUAAUAAAAGAAUUAUUGGCAUAGGCGCAAAAUAUGAUUUUGAACAAGUCAAAAAACAAAAUAGUUCUAAAAAUUUAAUGCUGCUUUCUGUACCUAUGUUUAUUUCACAAGAUAAACGGGAUAAUAUACUCAAUCCUAAAAAAGGUUGGUUAUAUAAUGUUAAUAUUGAACCAAUUUUCAAUACUCUAAAUACGAACACUAUUUUCUUAAAAACCAGAUUGAGUGGUAGUACAUAUUACUCUAUACCAGUGAUUAAAAACCCAGUUAUUGCUUUUCGUAUAGCUACAGGUAGUAUUAUUGGUGCAAACAAUAAUUCCAUACCUGCAACAAAACGUUUCUAUAUGGGAGGAGGCAGUUCUUUAAGAGGAUAUGAAUACCAAUUAGUAGGACCUGUUGAUAAAAAAAAUAUUCCAUUAGGAGGACGUUCAUUUGUCGAGUUUUCUACAGAAUUGCGGGUACGCAUUAAUAGUGAUUAUGGAAUUGUUACUUUUAUUGAUGGAGGAAAUGUUUAUAACUCCACAAUUCCAAAUUUUAAAAAUGGUAUACAUUGGGGUAUUGGAGUUGGAUUACGCUAUUAUACUCAAUUUGGACCUUUACGAGUAGAUGUAGCAUUCCCUUUACGUAAACGUUCUACUGGUAUAGAUAAAGCAUAUCAAUUAUAUUUUAGUAUAGGGCAGGCUUUUUGA